AUGGCUGCUAAAGAAAUUGACUUGAAGGCUGUAGAAGAGUUUCUGGCUGAUCUAGCGUGUAAUAAAGUUGGUCCCAUCAUUAAAUCAAAAUCAGGUUCUCAACAAAACUAUGAACUGAAGACAGGUGCUAGAAACGUGGAUAUAGUUACCACUAUUGAUAAACAAGUGGAACAAAUCGUAUGGAAUACGCUUAAGUCUCAAUAUCCUGGGUUCCAAUUUAUUGGUGAGGAAAGUUACGUUAAAGGUGUCACUAAGAUCACUGAUGAUCCAACUUUUAUCAUAGAUCCAAUUGAUGGUACUACGAAUUUCGUGCAUGAUUUCCCCUUCAGCUGCACAUCCCUGGGUAUGACUUUGAAUAAGGAACCUGUUGUAGGAGUCAUUUACAACCCUCAUUUAAACUUAUUGGUAUCUGCAUCUCGGGGAAAUGGUGUUAAAGUUAAUGGAGAACCAUUUAACUAUAAGGAAAAGAUUAGCUCUAUGGGCACAUUACAGUUGAAUAAAUCAAUAGUGGGAUUGCAGCCGGGAUCCGCGAGAGAAGGUCCAAAUUUUAAAUGUAAGGCAUCUACUUAUCAAAACUUACUUUCGGUAGAUGGUGGAUUUAUACAUGGGUCGAGAAACUUAGGAUCUUCAGCAAUGUCGAUGGCUUACAUUGCGCUGGGUAGUUUGGAUGCUUAUUGGGAUGGUGGAUGUUACGCUUGGGACGUUUGUGCCGGCUGGUGUAUUCUAAAGGAAACUGGAGGUCGAGUGGUAGGCGCUAAUUCUGGUGAAUGGGACAUUGAUGUCGAUAAUCGAAGUUAUUUGGCACUUAGAGGUGCUCAUAGCGGCGAAGAACAGGAGAAAUAUGUCAAGGAAUUCUGGUCCUGUGUUAUUGGAAAUUUAAAAUACGAUUGA